AUGUUUAAACUUAUUGUAAUUUUAUCUAUAUUUGUUGCUUGUGUAAUUGCACAACCAGCAGGAACUCUUCCUGGUAUUCAAAAUGGUUACUUAAUUUUAUCAUCGACUACAGAUUAUAAUGCUGAUCAUGGAGUUCAGAAUUCAAAAUUAAACAGACCAAUUCGUGCCUGGAUUCCUACAACUACUGCUAUAAAUAAUGUAAAUCAAUGGAUAAUGGCCAGUUCAAGUGUACCUUUUGAUGUAUAUGGAAUUUCUGUCCAAGGACGUUAUGACGCAAAUGAUUGGAUCAUCGAGUUCACUAUUCAAGUCUCUCUUGAUGGUGUAAACUGGCAACAAAUUGGAUACUUCUAUUCUAAUUUGAAUGAUAGAAAUACUGUAAAGUAUAUCGAUUUCGGAGGUGCAAGAAGAGUCAGAAAUGUUAUGUUAGUGCCAAAGAACUUCAUGGGCACAGCUUAUGCACUCAGAUGGGAUGUCCUUAUGAAAAUCGUUUAA